UCUGGUUUAUGAUUUUAUGUAGCAUUUGAGAAACUAUCUCACCAGGACAAAGGAAGGAAAGGAAGGAAGCAGAGUACCUACUUAUAUGUCUGCCACUGUGCUUAGCAUUUUUAUAAAUAUCUCAUUUGAUCAUCACAACAACCCCAUCAGGUAAGUGCUAUUAUCAUCCCCAUUUUAAACAUGGGGAGAUUGAGGCGGACAGCAUUUAAGUGACUUGUCCAGGGUCAUACAGCCAAUAAGCAUCUGAGGCUAAAUUUGAACUCAGGGCUUCCUGACUCCAGACUCUGCACUGUACGCACUAUACCACUCAGCUGUCUCACAAUAUGAAAGUGGUUGUCUGUCUCAUGGUCAGUUCUCAAAGAUGUGAUACUCCACAAAGAACCCUGGAUUUUGGGUAUUGUAUUUGGAAGCAUGUCACCUGAGUUUGAAUCUGCCACUUAGUACCUGUGAGACCCUGGGCAAGUCCUAGGUUUCAAAUUUCCCCAUCUAUAAAGUGAGAAGAUUGACCUCUGGAAUGGCUAACCCCGACUGUCUUUCCAUAUUCUACAAAUAACCUCCUGAACCUGUGGUUCCUUGGCUAAAGGGGAAGUAUGCUUAGGUAUGGUUAAUGUAUGUAGGUAGAACUCCCUCGAAAACAAGGCUCACUUCCAUCUAAUGUAGGAUGGGGGAAAGGGAUGGUAAUUAGGGUCUUGAGGUAAAGUUGGGACCUUUGUGGAGUUUGUGAUCCAGGAUUCUGAGUUGGAGGUCACAUAGUCCAAUUCUCCUCAUUUCACAGAUGAGAGGCUGAGAUUUAAGUGAAUUGCCUAGCAUCACCCAGGUGCUGAGACAAUGAGAACUCAGGUCCUCUAACUUCAUCUAUUCCCCUACCCCAUCCUCAGUGUCUCAGAGUCUGGGCACAAAGAUAAUAAAUACUCUUCAUUUCUAAGUGUGUGUGUGUGUAUGUAUGUUUGUGGGGAGGGGGCUUAGCAGUAAGGUCUAAGGGUGAGGGACAAUAAUAGGCUGGGAAGGGGGCGACGAGGGGUUACCCUGUGUAGAACUUCUAGCAAAGUCAUCAUCUGUGUCUGGGUGCAAGAAACAGGAUCUAUCGCUAUGAUCUCUAGGAAGAGAGUACCAGUAAUGUGUCAGGGAAGAAACAGGAGUUGUGUGUAUAAUUUGAGGGGAGAAUUCGGGGCAGGGAACAACUCGUGUAUGUGUAUGUGAUUGCAGCUGGUAAACGAGAAUUUCUCUGUUGAAGAGUUGGGGGGUAGCAGUUAACAAAAGUGUGGGUUUGAGGCCAUUGUGUGGAAUUUAAGGGGAUUUCUGGAUUCAGGAAUUUCAGUCGCAAGUUUUGUUCCCGUGAAAUGGGGUGGGCUUGAUGGAAUGAAAUCCGGGUUCAAGUAGGUAAUGGUGAUGGUGGUUGUUAGUGGGAAAGUAACUGAUCUCCAGUUGGUUGGAAGGGCUUCCGAUGACUCUUAACGGUCUUGGGAUUCUCUCUUCCUGUCCUGGGAUUCUCCACUCCGGUCUUGGGAUUCUCCAGUCCGAGUUUUCCAGCUGUCCCUGGUGAGGGGGGCGUGGCUGGGCCCUCCCCCUUACCUCUCCCCGCCCAGGUAAAGGCCACCUGGGGCGGUCGGAGCUCCGCCCCUAGGGCUGCUCUAACCCUUCCCCCCUCUGGGAGAUGUGCCACAGGGGCGGGGCCUGGGGGCCGACUGACGCAAUAUCCCUGCUCCCCUCCAGGCUGGGUGGAGGCAGCUCAGGCCUGGAUUCCUGGGUUCCUUUUUUUCCACUUGUGAUAGUGAGAGCUCAUCCGAGGCUGAGUCUUUGAGGCUUAGGCCCUUGCACCCCUUAGUGGGUUUUGAGGGACCAUUUUGGGUGCUGUGUUCCAGGUCCUGUUCCAUUUGCAGCAGAAAUGAUUGGGGUGAUGAGGGUUAGGGUCUUGAAAACCUGGCUAGAGGUAUUCCUGAAGGGAGCCAAGGUUGAGGGGAAGGGGGAGGAGGUUCCUUACCCCCCUUUGAAACUGCCUUUCUUCAUCUGUAAAAUUGAGGGAUUUAGCCUCUAAGGUGCUGCUGCUAUAUGGUCCCCAUCCCCUGGCCGAAAGGAAUAAUGGGAGAACUCAGAUGGAUAUGGGCCUGACCUGCCAGUGAUGAGCUCCCUGGCCCAAUUGCCAUGGCUCGACGAUCUCAGAGUUCCUCCCAGGGGGACAACCCCCUAGCCCCGGACUACCUGCCCCCCCACUACAAGGAAUACUACCGGCUGGCCCUAGAUGCACUUGCUGAGGGGGGAGCUGAGGCCUACCAACGCUUUCUGGCUGAGGAGGGAGCCCCUGACUUCCUGUGUCCUGAGGAGUUGGCUCAUGUGAGCCGCCAUUUGCAGCAGCCACAGCAUGCUUCCCGGGAGAAUACCACUGCCCGGGGAAGUGCCUCUGGAUCCCUUCCCCAAGCAGAUGGUGAUGUGGACAUGGAUGGCUCCUCUGGUACCUACUGGCCUAUGAAUUCAGACCUUGCGGUGCCUGAACUUGACCUGGGAUGGCCUAUGACCUUUGGCUUUCAGGGUACUGAAGUGACCACUUUGGUGCAACCACCACCACCUGACAACCCAAGUAUCAAGGAUGAGGCUCGGAGGAUGAUCAGAUCAGCGCAACAGGUGGUGGCUAUUGUGAUGGACAUGUUCACAGAUGUAGACCUAUUGAGUGAGAUCUUGGAGGCAGCUGCCCGACGUGUCCCUGUCUAUAUCCUUCUGGAUGAGAUGAAUGCCCAACAUUUUUUGGACAUGGCUGAAAAGUGCCGGGUCAAUCUGCAUCAUGUGGAUUUCCUCCGAGUACGCACAGUCUCAGGCCCUACCUAUUACUGCCGCACAGGAAAGUCCUUCAAGGGCCAUGUGAAGGAGAAGUUCCUGUUAGUGGAUUGUGCUGUGGUGCUAAGUGGGAGCUACAGCUUCAUGUGGUCCUUCGAGAAGAUUCAUCGGAGCAUCGCUCAUGUGUUCCAGGGAGAGCUGGUAUCCAGCUUUGAUGAGGAAUUCCGCAUCCUCUUUGCUCAAUCUGAGCCAUUGAUCCCUGCAGCUGGGGCCCUGGCCCUGGCCUUGACCCAUGCAGACACUUAUGCCUUGACUCCAUAUGGAGGCCCAGGUCCACUAAUGGGGGGCCCAAUGGGGGGCCCAGGGUCCUUCUUCCCCAAGCGUGCCCACUUGCUGUUCCCACCACGUGAUGAGGGCCUGGGCUUCCCCUCCUUUUUGGACCCUGACCGUCACUUCCUGUCAGCUUUCCGCAGGGAUGACCUGCUUCGUCACUCAGGGGGUGCAGGAGACAUUCAUGGGCUGCGGAUGCUCUCACGUCGACCUGGCAUGGAGAUGGAGUCUGGUCAUGGUGGAGAUCCCACCACUCGCGGUUUCCUUCGUGCCAAGCACCUGGAGAUGGAAGCUGCACAUGGUGGAGACUCUGGUAACCGUGGCUUCCUCCGUGCUAAACAUCUGGAGAUGGAGGCUGGCAAUAGUGGGGACCCUGGCUCCCGUGGUUUUCUCCGAGCCAAGCACCUGGAGAUGGAUGCCUUCAAGCGGCAUAACUUUGCUGAUGGAGCUGUGGAGAACUUUGCUGCAUCCCGCCAGGUAUCCCGUCAGAUGUUUGUUAGCCAUGGUGAUGACUUCCGUUUCCAGACCAGCCAUUUUCACCGUGACCAGCUCUACCAGCAACACUACCAGUUUGAACCCCAGUUCACAGCUACCCGGCCUCAGGGUUUGUUUGAGAAGCUGCGGGCUGGACGUCCAGGUUUUGGGGAACCUGAAGAUUUUGGGAUAGAUGGGAGCCCCCAUUUCCCAGAGUUAGAGCCAGGCUUUGGCCCUCAUCCUGAGGGCCCUGGUGGACACUUGAGGCUGGACUAUGUGCCAUCUAGUGCAUCAAGGGAAGUCCGACAUGGAUCUGACCCUGAACCCCGUGGACUAGAACCCGGUGCCCCACAGCGCCCUAAUAUUGGGCAAAGAUUCCUUUGCCAGUCAUCACCUACACAGAAGCAGAGUUUGGAGCAACGGUGGUUUCCACCAGAGGCUGAACCAGAAAUGGAACCCAGCCGGAAGGGUGGUGCUGAGGGCCGGGCAGGACUACGCAAUUGGCGUAUUUCAUCUUACCUCAGUGGCUGCCACUCUGAUGGUGGAGAUGAGGGUCUGCCUGGCCCCAUGGAGGCAGAAUCCUAUGAUGAAGUCCUAGGUGAUCCUACUGGCCGCUUUCCCUUACCCACUGGGGACCUGCUCCCUUCUUCUUUCAGGACUGGAGGGUCUUUUCCCCCAAAGGCUCUAGGUGGAGGGGAUGGCCCAGAGCGAGAGGUGACUGAAGGGGUAACCUUAAGCAAGCAGGACUCAUUCCGCUCCCGCCUUAACCCAUUGAUCCAGAGGAGCUCCCGGCUCCGCUCCUCUCUCAUUUUCAGUUCAUCCCAAAAGGAGGGACCUGGUGUUGGUCCUGGUGCUGGGGCCACAAAUGAGAAGGUACAGCUCUUCCAGAAGGAGCAGACAGUCAGUGAGACAGUGGGUGAGGGUGGUGAGACAGUCCGAACAGCCUCCUCCUCCAAGGUAGCAGAACUGCUAGAGAAAUACAAAGGCCCAGCCCGGGACCGGGACCGAGACCAGGAUAGGACAGGUGGUUUGGUCACUGUUAGCAGCCACAGCAAAGCAGCAGUGACACAGGCAUGGCGGGAAGAGACUGGGACAGGAAGUGGGGGUAAGGGAGGAGAGCGACGUAGCCUUGAGAGCUGUCUGUUAGAUUUACGUGACUCCUUUGCCAAUCGGCUGCAUGAAGAGUCUGAGAGACAGCCAGGUGCAGCUACUCUGAGUGCUGCCCAGCUCCUUGACACCCUGGGUCGGGGUACUGACAGACUGCCUUCUCGAUUUCUUGCCUCAGAUGGUAGGGCUGCUCUGCCUCAGGGCAAGGCAAGCCCUCCACCUGAGAGGAAAGGGAGCCCUACACCAGUCUAUCCAGAGAGGAAGGGAAGUCCUGUGCCACCUGUCCCUGAGAGGAAGGGGAGCCCCAUCUUGGCCUAUCCCGAAAGGAAAGGAAGCCCUGUGCCACCUGUCCCUGAGAGGAAGGGGAGCCCCACCACAGCCUAUCCUGAAAGGAAGGGAAGCCCUGUGCCACCUAUCCCUGAGAGGAAGGGGAGCCCCACCUCAACCUAUCCUGAAAGGAAGGGAAGCCCUGUGCCACCUAUCCCUGAGAGGAAGGGGAGCCCCACCUCAGCCUAUCUUGAAAGGAAGGGAAGCCCCACUUCAGCCUAUCCUGAAAGGAAGGGGAGCCCCACCUCUGCCUAUCCUGACCAGCGGAGCAGUCCCUUUCCUCCAGUAUCUGAAUGGAGGGAUAAUCCUAUACCCCCAGUCCCUGAGAGGAAGAGUAGUCUUACAUUCUCUGGGGACACCCAGAAGAUAGGGUCUGCAGGGGAAGAGGAUGCUGGCCGAUCAGAACCUAGUCCCAUGGAGUUCCUCCGUAAGGGCUCACACCGUCUGAAACAGUUGCUGAGUCCCAAGGGGGAGAAAAGGCUAGAGGAAGAGGGUGGCUUCUCAGGACCCCAGGAGAAUGGGCAGCCUGAGGGCCCCCACAGACCAUCACGAGGAGAUAGCCCAGAGCUUGGGGUGGAGGAUCGGGGCUCUAGAUCCCGCUUGGCCUCUGCCACAGCUAAUGCCCUCUACAGCAGUAACCUUCGAGAUGACACCAAGGUGAUACUAGAACAGAUCAGUGCUCACAGCCAGAAACAUCGUGGAGGGGCUGGAUCAGGGGGUGGGACAGGAACAGGGGGUGCAGCCCAUAGUAGUCCUGAGCUAUACCGUUCACCUGCUGCUGCCCUGGAUGCCAGCCGGGCCCAUGAGAUGUCUGACAAGGACAAAUGCUCAGCCAUCUUCCGCUCAGACAGCUUUGGGGGCCAGAGUCGCUUCAGCCGAACACUACCAGCUAGCUUGGAAGAGCGAGACACCUUGCUACGAAAGAUGGAAAGUAUGCGGAAGGAAAAGCGUGUCUAUAGUCGCUUUGAAGUUUUUUGUAAAAAAGAGGAUUCUGGGGCUGGUGAAGCUGGGGCAGGUGAGACUGGGGCAAGUGAGGCAGAUACUAGGGACCGCAAGGUGGGCAAGUUCAUGCCCAAGAUCCUGGGCACCUUUAAGACCAAGAAAUGAUCUAGUUCCAUCCACCCUGGCAAUCCAUCCUGCCCAGUGUUGCCAUCAUUGACUCACAUUACCCCUAAUGCACUCAAUUCCAUUGUGGGUCUAGUGACCAAGCCAGGUGCCAAAUCUCUAAUGGGGUGGGAUGGUUAGGGUAGGGACUAGGUACACAUAUCCUGAAGAGUAGGAUAUCUCCUUAGUCUUAUAUGGGAACAUUGCCUCAUGGUGCUCAUAAGUCUAGGGCUCUUGGGCAGACCUGGUUCCCAUAAUGUUGUGCUACUGCCUUGCCCACUUUUGGAAUGUGGGCUUCACCUUUUUGGGGGACUGUUCCCAUAUGCCCAUCUGUUCAUUUUCUAUAUCAUCCUUUAUUCCAAAGACCUUAUCUUCUGUUGGAAGGAGUAUGUUCCCCCAAUCUCACACUAGUCUGCUUAACUAUCUGCCUUUCUUCCCCGUCUUAGUGCAUCUCUCAGUCGGAGGAAUUUGGAAUUAACAAAUUCUCAUUUGAACAGAGCUUUACAGUUUACAAAAAGUAUUCACACACUAUCUCACUGGACCCUCAUAAUGACCUUCUGGAGGAUGGCAGGAAUUUUAUGGAUGAGGAAAGGAGCUGGGAGAAGUGACUUGUUUCAGGUUAAAUAGAAAAUUGUGGAACUGGAACAAGAGACCAGGUUUCCUGUUUUUGUCUAGUACUCUUCCACUGUACCAAGUUGCUUCUCCAACAGAAGAGAGGAAAACCUUUGCUUUGGGAGUGUGAGUGUGUGUGAGUAUAUGUAUGUAUGUAUGUGUGUGUAUGUGUGUUUUUCCCAGGGUUGCUCUUCUCUGCUUAAGGGAGGGAAGGGGAGGGGGACUUCUGAGGGCAAGAGGUCUUAGGAUCAGAGAGAAGCCUAUCUUGUAGUAUUUACAGAGAAAAUGGUCUUCCCAGCUCCAGGUACUGUGUCUUGCACCUAGUGGGCACUUAAAAGCUGGUUGAUUUGCAGGUUGGAUAGAGUGGGACCCCACAGAGUUAUGAGCUCUGGUGUGGAUCUCCAGAAGGGAGAGGCAAUGCUGUCAGACUCUCUCCCAUUCUUAGAUGGAUGUGCGCCUCUAUGGAUGUUGAAGAGAGGCAGUCAUGAUGAUGGACAUAAGAUUCUGGGAGAGUUCCCCUGAGGAGGGUCUGGCACAGACUUGAUGUGUCUGUGGCCUCAGCCUUCUCCAAGGGAUGGGAUUGGGAGGGAUGAGGGAAGACUAACUUGCUGCAGAAUCAAUAAAUUAGACUUGAAUUUAUUAAACCUGGCUUUAGAGUCUUAGAUUCU